AUGCAGGAAACAUCUUUUUCCUCGGACAUGAUUCAUUCUUGUCAAAGAUGUGAUAUUUUUUUGCUAUAUAAAUACAUACAGUCAGUCCACCUUAGAUCAGAUCCGUGUAGUACUACUAUUAUCGAACGCCCAAAAGAAAAGGACUGGAGAAAAGAGAACGCGGUGACCAAAGUGAGAAAUCAGGGAGAAUGUGAUGGUGGAGAUUGGGCUUUUGCCACGAUCGCAGCUGUGGAGGGAUUACUGUCCAUAAGAGAUAAAAAACUCAGUCCAGAACUUAGCGCGCAAGAACUUCUUGAUUGCUCCAAGACAGUACAAGAAAAUUACGAUUGCGAAAGUGGUACCGUGAAAAAAGCAUUAAAUUACAUUAAAGAUAAUGGAAUUUCGAAAGAAACAUCAUAUCCAUUUAUUGGAAAGGAUUCGAAGAACUGUUCCAACGAACACCAAGACAAAAUUGCAAAAGGCUUGGAUAUACAACUUGAUUUUGCUACAAAUAAUGAAUCACAAAUGAAAAGUUACCUCUUUAACAAUGGACCCCUACUAGCCGUCAUUAACGAUUCUCCGUCUUUCAAGGACUACAAGGGUGGAAUUUAUAAGGAUGAAGAGUGCGUUAAAUCCGGCGGAGAACACAAUGUCUUAAUCGUUGGUUUUAACGAGACAGAGCAAGGAGAAAAGUACUGGAUUGUGAAAAAUUCAUGGGGCGAAGAGUGGGGUGACAAUGGAUAUAUUAAAAUCGCACAAAACAAAAAUAUUUGUGGGAUAGCUAACGAUGUAUAUUAUCUAUCACUCAACAAUUAAGCCAAGUUAUUCUUAAUUUAAGGUAUUAUUACGUUUUAUGUUCUUCAUGGUUGAUGUAGUUGUACCUAUAGCCUACCUAAAACAUGUGUAGUUCUAGAUCAUUUUACAAAAUAAAAUUCUGUUUUCUCGGA